CCAACAAUCCCCGGCAUGUUCGGCCGCGUAUAAAUAGGGCGCCCAUUGUGCCACACGGCGAAGGGGAGUCACGUCCGGACUCGUGCCGUUACCGGGAGUCGAUACAUCGCGAACCGGCGUUGCGAGAUUCUGGCCGGGGCCUCGAUCCUCCCUGCGCGCGUCAAGUUUGGACAGUGAACAUGCGGCUGUGCGCGAGCUGCGCGCUCCUGGGACUCUUGUUGUUGACGGCCUUCGACUCAUCAGAAUGCCUCCAGACGACGGUGCGGCCGGCCAAAGGCUCGACGGUGACGGUGUCCACCGCGCUGCCGGCGGAUCAGUGUACGGUGUGCACCGUGAGCGGGGUGAACGACACGCUGACCUCCUGCCACUCCUCUCUGGCUCUGGUUCCCGAGGAGGAGGUCCGGCUUCUGUUCAACUGCUCCCAGUCGAUAGAAGAGUUCUUCACUGUGAGCAUCGCCCGGACCAUCGAGUGCACGAAGGACGCCUGCAUCCCGGCGACGGUAGAAACUCAGCCCACCCUCCUCGCGGGGUUGAGACGAAUCUUCACGUGGGAGCUGAAGGCGCCGGAGAAGACGCUCGUGGCUCUGGACGUCAUCGGAGAGGGGCUGAUAGAGAUGUCUCAACCGUGCCUCGAUGGCGUUCUGUAUUCAGUGACCACGUCCAAAACAAACCUCGAAGGCCUGACGCAGUAUUGUCGAGGCGGUUCUGAGACUCGUCUAGAAGCGCCCAAUGGAGCCGUUGUGUCUCUGCAUGUUGAACCAACGGUUCCGGUGGAAUCGGUGUUGUUCCAGGCCUCAGCUGGGCCUCUGAAGGGCCGAAUAAUGGUUGUAACCAUUGAUUCAAGCACGACUCUGGUCGUCAGCCGGGACCCGGGGGAGCCGGAAUGUGACGUUUGCUCCACUGGCGACUGCAGCCCCACGGAGAAGACGCUGAGCGACGUCGAAAAACUCUCGCUGGAGUUCAGCUGCAUGAAACCUCAGGAUGUGUACAGCGUGAAGAGGGAGAAGAAAAUAGAAUGCACCCAGAGCUCCUGCACUCCCGCUCCAGGAGAAAUUGAUCCCGACGUCUUCAGGGACUUCAAGAGAUUCCUAACGUGGGACAUUAGUGUGCCGGACAGGACCGUCCUCACUCUGGACUUCCCCGGAGGAUUGGAGGAGAUGUCUGGAGCAGACAAAUGCCAAGAUGGCCCCCAGUACUCUGUGAGCACAACUAACAGGGAAGGAAAGAUUAAAGUUUCCUUCUACUGUAAGGGCGGGGCGGCGCCUCGUCAUCUGGAUCUGCUCGGAGCGACGGCCGUGACUGCGCUGUGUCCCAAAGGGAUUGAAGUGGACUCAUUCACUGCCAAGGCGGCACCCAGAGGGGGCAGAAUGAUGUCCGUGAUGCCCGAUCCGAACACCAUCGUCAGCAUCCGCAGGGUGACCAGCGAGUUGGACUGCAGCGUGUGCAUCAACGAGAAGCCCAACCAGAAAUGUGAGCCGUCGCAGCUCAAACUGGAAGAUCCCAGCAACACCACAGUAGAGUUCACCUGUCCUCACCCUCAGGAGGUGUUCACCGUGGAGAUCAACAGGGACAUUGAAUGCAAAGACGCCUCCUGCCCUGGAAACAUCGUUCAGGCCGAGUCCUCGCUGUUCCCAGCCUUCAACCGGACCUUCACCUGGGACCUGAAGGUCGCCUCCACUCGGGCCUUCCAACUGGACUUCCCGGAACCGGGAAUGCGGCAGAUUCCCAACCAGGAGACCUGUCCGGAUGAGCACACGUACUCCAUUGUUGCCUAUCUGCGCACGGGGCCAGCAAUCAUUGGCACCUUUUGCAAAGGAGGAACUGUGACCACCAUCAUGGUGCUCUACAAGGGCCGACUGUCUCUGCAGGUGCCCGGCAACCGGAAGCUGGAGCCCGUUGACAUCAAACUCAGCGUAGGACCUGAGACCCACAUGGUCGCCAUAGUGACAGUCGACCUGCCGCGAGGUGUGUCCAACACCAACUUCAUCGCGGCCAACUAUCCCUCCGACUUCCCCGACGACCAGGAGAUGCAGUGGAACUUCACGGUGCCCGGCAUGCACAACUACACCGUGGAUUUCAGCGACGGCACGGCCCCAGAGUGCCUGAGGAACGAGGUGGAGGUGGAGUACCACAGGGAGAAGAAGAAGAAGGUGGCCAAACUGACUCUGGAGGAUCCUCAGCCGCAGCACCAGCAGGGCAACUUCAACAUGGUGCUGAGGAACUGUGAGACCAACCGGACGCUACAGGGCCUCACCUUGAACUACACGGUCUCUGUGAUGAGGAGUGGCCAUCCAGUCCUGUGUGAGGUGGAUCUCACCGGACGGCAGGGCGUGUCGCUGCAGAUGGAGAAAGUCGGUUCUGAUCCGUACUGUGAGAUGAGAGUGAACUCUCGGGUCGAAAAGAAGCUCAACGUGGCCGCAGGCGGGAAGGCCAGCCUGUCCUUCCUCGACUGUCCCAAUGAAGACGUGCGCCUCACUGCCAGUAAAGUUAUUGAGUGCCAAAAUGUGACGUCCUGUCCUGCGACUCAGCUCACGGUGCCCACACUGGACUCCUGUCUGCCGAUGCCCCUCCACAGCUUCACCUGGCACCUCCAAGUCCCUCAGGACGGCACCGUGGACCUGGAGUCCCCCACAGGGAGUCUCCGACAGUCGCUGCCCGGCCAGGAGUGUGACCCGUCCGUUUCCCUACACGUGGCCGAGGGCGACGGGCUUUCCGUUGGAGAUUUCUGCAAAACCGGAAUGAUCCAGAAAGUUCAGGUGCACGCAAACGUCUCCGUCACGGCCACAGUCCUGGACUUCAGCAAGACCAAGGGGCCUUUCCUCAACGUCAGCUUCAGCCAGGAGAUCUCAGAGACCAUUAUUUAUCAAGUCAGCCCAGAGGAGUCGUCUCCGACCCUGCUGGCCACGCCCAACUGGCCCCUGGGUAUGCGGCCUUCGUCCACCGUCUCCUGGAUCGUCUCCGUACCGAGCCAGUACGAGGCGCACGUGCAGUUCGUCAACCUCAGCCAACCCAAAUGCGCCGACCGGCACACCGCCAUCAAGGUGAUGAUGCUGGGGGAGGAGGAGGAGAUGAUCAGCCACAGGGAGGACGAGAAGGCGGCGGACAAGUUGAUGGUGCCGCGCAGCUUUUAUCUCAACAUGUCCAACUGUGUACCAGAGGAGGGACACUUUGGUGCAGUGACCAACAUCGUCCUGCAGAAGAAGAGCAAUCUCCUGGCCAUCCUCCUCGGGCUAGCGGGAGCUCUCCUGCUGGUGCUCACAGUGCUCGCCGUCGUCUGCUUCGUCACAAAGAAAAGGAAAAAAGACAAGCUGGCCAAGGAGGCGUCCAUCUACAACGGCAAAGGGAACAUCUUCCGCCCGAGUGACCGGCACUUCAGCAAAGCUCGGUCUGAGAACGACUCCCACGUCUACGACAACAUCGACGAGUCGAUGAUGUACGGCCAACUGCUGGGCGACACCAGCUACGCCGACAGCAUGCCGGACCACUUCAACGGCGGGCCGGUGGACUCUUACCAGACAUUCACCGGCCCCACUGAUUCAGGACUGCCUGUGAUCAAAGAGCCGGACCAGGAGCCCGAGCUGGAGCGGUUCCAGACGUUCCUGGACCCGGCCGAGUCUUUCAACCUGACCCGCCCGCGCACUCCCAUCGACCGGCAGGACAGCCUCGGCUUCCAGGACCGCAGGAUGUUGGACAAUGAACUGUACACGUUCAAGAGCACGGGGGACAUCAACACGAUCCGGCUCUCCGCUGUCGACAUGCAGCCGCCGACGAUAUCGGAGGACUCCCUGUAGUGGGUCGGGACUGCAGCCGCAUGAUGGGCCGCUGUUACUGAAUCCUCUUUGCGGCAUCGAGUGUCUCCCGGGUGGUACUCAUGUGAACUUUAACCACACUCGGGGAGGAAAUAUGAGAUUGACGAGCUCCCCGAUUUGAUGUGGCCGUCUUCUUUGUCAGAACUAAAGCUUCAAGAGUCCGAGCUGUGAUCCUUUUUUUUCUAUAAAGGAUCAGUGUGAAGCAAUUAGGAUAUUGAAUAUGAAUUAGUAUGUUUUCUUUGGUGUAUGAUCACCUGAAAAUAAGAAUCUCUUACACACUUGGCAAACAAGUUGGUUGCAGCCUCACUGCUAGAUGGCGCCAAAUACUACACUCUGCACCUUUUCUUUCUAAAGGACGUUUGAGAAAUACCUUUCUGCUUUUUUGCAGAGUUCGAUGAGAAGACCGAUUCCAUUCUUAUUGUCUUGUAAAAUAAGAAGUUGCAUCUAGUUAGUUUACGCACUGAAAACAGCAAGGCUGGCUCUAUCUAAAGGUCACAAUCCACCAACUAGCGCCUUUUAAAAUCUCAUACGGACUUAAACGUAUUAAAAAAACACGCAUUAUUGUAUUAAUUAUUAGUGAGCCGUCUGCAUCUUAGUGUACAAACAUGAGUGAAUUUUCUAUUUCUCAAAAAGAAAGCAACAAAAUGAAAUGCUGCACUAUUCCUUUUUUAAUGUUCUAUCUGUUAUUGCUUUUAUUAAAUCUUUCCCCGUGUGGUGAGGAUUCAGGAGCACGGACUAUGGAAAAAGUGGUCCUCUAGUCCUUGUUUUAAGUGGUUUUAUAUUGGUUACUUGUUUUUGAAGAGAUCUGUGUUUCUUUUUUGCAAUAAAUUCCAAAAAGUU